AUCUCAGAGAGCGGGUUUUCGUCCUUUGCCGGCUGCCGACUUUACCGGGGCCAUGUUCCUGCCGAGCCGCCGACGGCGGCGGCUCCGAUCCGCCGUAGACGAGAGGGCGGCAUCGCAUUCGCGGAGGCGUACGCACGCAGGACACGGUGUCGGCGUUGCGAGCGCCGCCGCUGACGAGUGAGCGCCGUGCCCGCCGGUGCCGGCACGGCCACUGCGAAAGCCGGGACCUGUCUACUACAUCAUCGUCGCAGCUCGGCCCGGUGUCCGGGGGCGAGUGAGGCCUCCCACCCCCAUCUCCGUUCUCCCUUCGCUCGCUGAAUUCCCCAGGACGACCGUAUCAGGGAGUCGAGGGAGGGAAAUUCGUCGGCCAGCCCGGCGCAGUUCCGGAGGGCGAAAGAGAUAAGGACCCCGGCAGCCGCUCGUUCUCGUCGCAUUGGAAGGACGGACUACGUGCGCGCAUCAACCGCAGGGCAUUCCGUGUUGCGGUUGCCGAUAGAGUCCUGUGAGAGCGGCGAACAGGCCUUCGAGAUUCGUCCCAGUAGCCCCGUCGUCUUUUUCGACCGACGGGUGAGCAUCGCCGGCGCGGCCCACACCGCGUCGUCCAUUGGGCCUCUGCCGCCAGCCCAUUUCUAGCAGCGCAGCCGUGGCGGCGGUAACGCUGUCGGGCUGUCCGCACUGCUGCAUGGACGAGGGCCGCUUCUGCGUCCUCUCGGCCUACGACAUGAACGGCGUGCCCUCUUCACUGGACGCCAGAGGAGGGGGCACGGCCGGCACCAACACCGCGACCGCCACCACGACCCCUGGCGGCGCGGUGACCACCACCUGCACGGGCUCGACGGGAGGAGGUGACGCCGACCUGGCUUCCAGCUCCACGAGGACACGAUCGGUGUGCGCCAGGGCGUGCUCCUCCUUCUCCAGGCUCGGGCGGUGGGAGGUGUGGAAGGCGCUACUGCUCGGCCAAGUUCUGUCGGGCCUCCUGUGCGGUACUGGAGUCACCAGCCAAAUCCUGCAGUCUCAGCACAACCUGCAGAUCCCCACGGCGCAGAGCUUCGUCAACUACGUGCUGCUGUGUGCGGUGUUCACCACGUGGCUGGCGUGCCGUGGUGGUGAUGCGGGCCUCAUACCUGUGCUCAGAGCUCGAGGUGGACGCUACUUCCUGCUUGCCUUGGUGGACGUCGAGGCCAACUUCCUCCUGGUCAAGGCCUACCAGUACACCACGCUCACCAGCGUACAGCUGCUGGACUGCUUCACGAUUCCGGUGGUGCUGGCGUUGUCGUGGCUGGUGCUGAAGGUGCGCUACCACCCGGUGCACGUGAUGGGCGUCAGCGUGGCGCUCUUGGGCGUCGGAUGCCUGGUGUGGGCCGACGCGCACGAGGCGUCCCACUCGGCGGGCCAGGUCUCGCCCUCGGCCAACCGGCUGCUCGGCGACAUGCUCUGCCUCGGAGGCGCCGCUCUCUAUGGCAUAUCCAACGUGGCGCAAGAGGCGUCCGUCAAGCUCUGCGGAACCGUCGAGUUUCUGGGCGCGGUAGGACUCUUCGGGAGCGUCAUCAACGGCAUCCAGCUGGCCUUGCUGGAAAAGGAAAAAGUGGGCGAAAUUCGCUGGGAUGAUUGGCAAGAAGUUUCUAUGCUGCUGGGCUUCUCCGGGUGCCUGUUCCUGCUGUACCUGCUGAUGCCGGUGGUCAUUAGGCUGUCAAGCGCCACCGCCGCGAAUCUCUCCAUCCUCUCAGCCGAUUUUUACGCGCUCGCCAUUGGCGUCUUCGUCUUCCACUACAAGUUCCACUGGCUAUACAUGGUGUCCUUCUGCCUCGUCAUCGCGGGCGUGGCGCUGUACUCGGCCAAGCCCACUCCGCUCGGUCUGGGCCACCGAGAAGGGGACUCCGAAGAAGCGCUGGCCUACACGCCGUCGGGAGGGGUAACUGGAGGCGUGUGCCCGGUCACCCAGUACGGGUCGUCCGGCACCGAGCACGGCUCGGCGCCUCUGAUAUCGGUGUCCCAUGCCGUGAGCGUUCACCACGCGUUCGGCACGGCGCACCAGCACGAGCCGAGUCCCAAGACCAACGGCGCCGUCUCCUGAUCAUGCGGCUGCCCAGCGCCUCCGCCCGCUACGCCGACACCGACGACCAACGUUGCUCAAUGAACCACACCGACGCCGUGUGCGCCUUUUCUUUUCCUAUUGCGACGCAGUGGGGUCGUUUUCCGCGCGAUAGAACGUGUUUCUUUUUACACUUUCGAAGACUCCCGAACAUCUGUGGUGUCAGUGCGGAUCUCUUGGAACCUACCUGGCCUGGUAUCUGCUUGGCCCAGCUGACAACGUGUUCAAACAUGCAUCGACGUGCUUUUGUAGGCAUGUGCCAGAUGCUCAUUACCACAUGAACGAUAAGAAUUCGACUGAACUGACCUUUAAUGGCAUUUUACUGUGCUUGGUUUUGUUCAGUGUACUGUUGAUAACAGACACCGCUGUGACCUUUAGGUUUACGCUGACUGUCUCCGGCAGUCUCACUGAAAGGAAAAUGAGAGAAAAUGGAAUGAUUAGGUAAAGUAAGGAGAAGAUAUUUCAUUCUCAUUUUUCAUUUAUCAUUGCGGGAAGCAAUUAUUAACUGUUCAUCUUUCCCAAGUUGACUUUUGAGUACAAUUUCAGUAUUGAUGUGCCUGGCCCUAGGUAAUCAGCAGAGUGGCUUUUUUAUCUUUUCGCUAGUCGAUGAGUUUUCUAGGUUUUGCAACUUGUUCUCGUAGUGCUUCUACUGUGUGAAUAUGUUAUUGUUCAAAUAGUGACGGUACGGCUUCUACAAGAAGGAAAUGUCACGUCUUACGAGGAAAAAUGAUCGUUUCUUGUUUGUUGCUGCGAGGUGUGGUGACACAGUAUUAUGUAAAAUCUGCGAAUAUUCGCCCCAUAGAUCUGACCUCUGUAAAAAAGAAAAAAGAGCGCUGUGUCGGUGAGUCUUAUUAUGGAGGCAAAUACCACAAAUUUUAGAGCUAGGCUAGUGAGCAGGACGACAUGUUGGAAUUGUUAUGGUAAUUGAAUCAUUUUUAUCAUUUUUAUUGUUCAAGCUUGUGGCAUAAUCUCUGUCGUUUUGCACAACGCCAUUGUUACGUUUUCGGCGAGCACGCAUUUUUGAAUUACACAGAAUUUUAUUCCAAUCAAAACUAGGGAUCGCAGAGCGCAUUUGUACUUGAUCAGUAUCUUGUAGACCACAAGGCAUUUUAUGUGCAGAGCCGUCAACAAAUAUUGAUUGCACCUCUUACAUAAAGCUCAACAGGUGCUUGAUAACUUUAAGUGCCAGUGGAGAUAACGUUUAAACUGCUUUCCGCCUUUCCGAUGAACAAACGUGUAAAAUAGCUUUUGAUUUCUCUGCAGAAAUAGCAAAAUAAAACUUUGCUGCACACUUUAAGCUCUACUUUACCAUGUGGACGAUACAUAAGCUGUGCUCCAAAUUUAGUGGUGAUAUACUACAUAGAUACCGCGUUGAGCGAAGUAAGGUUACUUCUAGGCAGCUUUAUGAAACACAGGAUGUAUUGGUCGUAUUCAAAGGUAAAAUGUAGUUGCCUAAAAAAAAAAGAAAACGAGCACAAAAAUGCCAUAUUAAUGUGCACUCAUUUCACUCACGUCAACUUGCUCGAGCAAUGCUGCUAAAGGACCUUUUUUUUUUACACCUCUGCGAUAUUUCACUGGCGUAGUAUUUUUCAGGGACAAGGAUGAUACCCGCAGUUUUCGGGAAAAGAUAACCUAUUGUUUGCCUGCAAGAAUAUCAACGCCAAGUGCCAUUCCGUUCUUUGUUCAGCUAUUUAGAUUUUUUUAUGCCUUUCGUGCAGUAUCGGUAAGUGCAAAAUUUUCAUUUACCUUAUUCAAAUGACGCAGCCUCUCGACGCUUGACUAACACAGGCCUUCGUUAUGUCGGUCAUGCAGGAUAUUCCCAUCCUCUCUGACGACACUCUGCACUUCACUUCGUUGAAGAACGAAACGAAGAAUCAUUUUAAGCUUUCUUAAUUUCCACUGACAUAUCUCUGAACGGCUUACUUGAUCUGACGAAUUCGCAACUUUUUUUAAAUGAUUAUUGGCCGUUACUUGAAGGUGCACCAACAAAUCUCACUUGUGGAAUUAACAUACGCAUAAACGUCAAAAUACAACCGAGUACAAAUUGCUGUGCUACUAUCAGAAACUUAGCUGAGACAACUACAAUGUUGUUGCUGCAGUUGUAAAUAAAAUUACUUUAUAAAGUCCUAGCCGCGUAAUACUUAAAUCGUGCACUCUUUACUCGCCCGCUUCAAGCGAAAAUAGGGCAAUAAAACGUAAAAAAGAUGAAGGCACUAAAAUAGCACUCUUUUCAUUAUGUACCUUCCUUUCGUUCACUUUUCAUUCAAAAUCUUUUUUUUUUAUUUUUUAUGCUGAUGUGCAAUAACUAAGCCACCACAUUGCUUAACGAAUUUCGCGCUGUUCGCGAACAGCGCUUUCAUAGUGAAAAAAUAGCGCAGUAAUUAAGCACACGCGACCGAACGCGAAUAAUAAGUUUGGCAGCCCGCCACUGCAUACUGACAGCCUCAUUAGCGUUUUUUUGCUCAUAGCAGAAAGAGAUUAGCUAUAAUUAUGCGAUAACACGUAUGUCCGGCUAUUACCAAUCCUUUCCGCUGGCACAUAACAGCCAGUCCUAGUUGCUCUGCAGCGUCUGGCGAGAAGCUUGGCAUAAAUAUUUGUGGACGGCAUUUGUGGAAUUCGAGAAUUCUGAGGCUCGAGUGAUUAUAAGGUGUAAUUUGUUCGGGCAAAACUGAAGCAGUGCAAGGAAACACUGCAGGGCAGAAGCGUCGCGUCAUUCGAAACGUGCGCAUUAUUAUUGGUGACACAAACAACGAGUGACACGCUUGUUUGGCUUCCAAGCACUUCCGGUCGAGCGUGUACUUCCGGUUUUCAGAAUAGUUAGAAAAAUGUCUUGUAAAAAAUAAAUCUGGCACGAAAUAUGUGGCUUUGUUUCAAGUUAAGAGUUAUAUUCUAUACAUAUGAUAUCGGAGCACAAGUUAACUUAAGACAAGGGCCAGAUAACUGUCAUGAUAAUUAUUGAAAAUUAAUUGAAUCGGUUCGUUGAAAGAGCAGACGGUUUU